CCUACAGUUUCCAGCUUAGUAUUAUCCUGGGCAAGAUGCCGCAGCUAUGCUUGCUCGACGUGCUGCAGCAGCUCGGCACAGACGCGCUCGACAAGAUUUUUAAGGAGCCGUCGUCGCGUCUCACCCAAGGCGCUCGCCUAAGCUGCCGGGCGCUGAAGCAACAUGUAGACAGCAACCUCAGCCAUGCUCGGUUCCGCAUAAGUAAAGGGCUGUUCCAACAGUGGCGCCCGGGGCAAGUGACGCCCCUCGCACGCUUUUGCCGCUGCACCAGGCUCACCCUGAGUGUGAGCACGGACUCACCCGAUUCGGACGGAGAAGACGACGAAGGCCCCCCGCCGCUUGACGAGCUGCCAGAUCCCUGGCUGGCAACGCUGUGCGUCGCCGGCGUGGGCCCCGACGUUUCGGCCGGCAUCCGGCACCUUCACCUACAAGGACCCCUGGAGCUGGGGCCAAUGGCGGCGUACGCAAUAACCCUGGCGGGCUGGCUCCACAACGUGCGGAAGCUGGACCUGGAGGCAGGCUACAGCGAAGGGGAGCCGCCGGGCAACCUCAGUAUGUACGCCGCCCUGCGCAACGCCAUGCCGUCGCUGGACACCCUGGUGCUGCACGGGCGGUCCGACCUCCCGGGCAUCGAGGCCCUGGCUGGCAGCUCGCUGACCACGCUGCAGGUCACAUGCAACUAUUUGUGCAUGGACAGCGCUCGCAGCCUCGUGCAGCUCACCCAGCUGCGCACGCUGUCCCUUUCUCUUGAGGCACAUGACGUCGGGGUUGACGAGGACUCUGCGGCAGCUCGUGCGGAUGUGCCCGGCGAUGCGGACGACGUGGAGACGACGGCAGGGCUGGAAGCUAAAGAAGUACGGCAGCUGUGGGUGCUGCGCCGGCUGCUGGUUUCGGCGCCUCUGGGGUGGCAGCGGAUCGAGGUGCCGAGCGUGCACAUGUUCGGGCGAGAUGGGCAGCAGAGCCAUGCGGUGGCCUCAAUGACCUGCGUCUUCGCCAGCAGUGGCGGGGACCUGGAGUCUGUGGAGGUUGCAUCCCGAAAGGCUUGGAGCUUCGACCCAGAAAGCCCCCACAUUAUCAACUACCUCGCAGCUAUUGUGCUCCCGCGCCUUGCGGCCACUGGGCAGAGGCGGUUACCGCUCGUCAAGCUGGCACGCUAUGCUGGCAUCGCCUCAGACCUUGCACGGCACCUGCAGCCGCAGCGGCCACUUGCGCGACUGCUGGCGCUCUGCGAUCGGGUGCAGUUCGGAGAGCUGGCCAUUUUGGACGCCGCCACCCGAGUCACGAGCCCCCGCGCAGCAGCAGGCGCUGUGUCGGAGGGGCUUUGUGCGGUGCUGCGGGCCUGUGGGUGGCCGGAGGUUCUGCAGCUGGGGCCAAGCUCGUUUUUGAGCUUGGAGGCCCCUGUUACUGUGCGGCUGAAGGACACAGGCACGCGAUGCGGCGGUGGCAGCGCCGCGGGUCCCGCAGCCCCCAGCGCGCUGCCACUGCCUCUGGGGCCGUUAACACCGGGGAAGGUGCUGCAGCUGGCGGCAGACCUGCUGUGGCACGAGGUGGCGGCGGAGGAGGCGGGCGUCGCCGCGACAUCCACGGCCUCAUCAUCGCAACAGACCACUGCAGCUGUGCACGACACCGGCAGGCACAUGCAUAAACCGGACGCGUAUGUCAACAUCGUGCUGCUGCGCGGCAAGCUACUGAAGCAGCUGUCAGUUGGUGUCGGAUGCAUGCCGCUGCAGGCGUGGCUUACUGAGCUGCUGCUGAGCGAGCAGCUGCAGGACGACGCGGCGGCAGCUGCGAGAGGCUACUUCAACAGAGUCAUGGUUGCGCCAGCUACAUUCACUGCUGUGCUGGAAUGUCACUUUGGGGAUUACGUGCGCCUUGCACAUGCUGCAGCGGGAUCGGACGUUCUUGCGCCUGGGGACCUGGAGGUGCUGCCAGUACGGGGCUUCUCUAAAUCCAUGCAAACCUUAUGGAAUAGCAACAUCAGCAAGGUGGCUCAGGAGCUGUGGGAGGGUGCGUGCGCACGUGGCGGGGUUGCCGGCGACACAGCUGGGGGCGGUGGCGGCCCCUCCGCGGUCCCCUUGCAGGGCGGCGCCGCGCCGUUGCUGCAGCGCGUGCAGCGGGCGUCUGGAGGUUAUGAUGGCGAGGCCACAGCGGGGCCUGCAGCCCUCGAGUCCGGUGGGCCUACCGGGACAACGGCAGUGCGUGGCGCUGCAGACGUGGAGGCCCUGAAGCACCUGGUAGGGCUGAAGGUUGGCGCGAUGCAGGGCCUUAUCACGGCUGCCUUUGACUACCGCCGGUAGCUUGCGCGGCUUGAUGCAGGUAGGCGGCGAGUAUGAGGCGUCAGGGCGGACGGUGCUGGGGUUCACAAUCACAGGUUACCAGUGAGAACACGUAUGGCAUGUAUCAUACCUUGUGAACAGGUGCGAGAGUGUUUGUUUAAGUUUGGCCGCCCUAAAAAUGUGUGCAUGGGCCGUACAAAGCUUGGCAAUUCUUCAUGGGGUGCACCGUAAUCAACAAGGCUAGAUUAAGGGUUGGAGAGGCUUUCAGGGAUUGGCGCAUCACGUUGGUCCCGACAGUCCUGAUUGUUUAUGGUAGUGGCGUAUGCCGGUGUGCGGUCUUGCAGGUUCUGGGACAGAGGGGACAGGGAGGGCAGGGCCCAUGAAGUCGCCGGAGUCUUGCUACUGGUACAGUCGUACCGAGAGAAUAUGCAAGUUGGCAGCUAUUGCUGCCAACACGAUGUAUGCACGUGAAGGGGAUAUCAUCCGAGGC